AUGGAGAACGAUGGUGAGGCAGAAGACGUGCAGUGUCACCUCUGUAGGCGCAGCUUCACACGCCAGGAACAUCUAAAUCGCCAUCUGAGAGUCCAUACCCAUGAGAAGCCAUUUAUCUGUACGAAAUGCAAUAAAUCUUUUGCACGUCUAGAUGUUCUCCAGAGACACGAACUCACACACACACGCACAAAUCCCUUAACCGCAGUCGAAACAGUGUCACUUAGAGCAUGCACAGAAUGUGCGUUUGCCCGCAUGCGUUGCUCAAGAGACGCGCCAUGCACAAGAUGUAAGAAAAGGCGUUUUGUUUGCGUCUACCCUGAGCCCAGGACACGGCCCGAGAAGGAGAAGAAGAGGAGGGCAAAGAAGAAGAAGGAUUCAAAUCUUCAAUCACCCAAACCACCACCCGCAAAAAGCUCGAACGAAGAUGCGGAGGGCGAAGAUGGUAUUCAGGUACCAGAGCUAUUGGCAACGGCACCAGUGGAAACAGAGGCAUUGGGAACCGAGUCGGUGGAAACGGAACCGGUGGAUACAGAGCCGGCAGACACAGAGCUCGUGGACGAAGAGCCUGUGGAGGCUGAGCCAAGAGAAACAGAGCUGGCUAUGAACAAUAGCGGAAUCAAUGAUGCCAACAACCUUUCUUGGAACAUCAAUGGUUCCAACGAUUUCACGGUUCCUCCAGCAGAUGGAACUUGGCCACCUAAUGAUGAAUCAAUUGCUGUUGCGCCACAACCAAUCAAUCCAAUGCUCCAAAUCGAUGACAUGGGAAGCUUUCAAGAAGUACCGGAUCUCACUACGGCUAUCUCCAAUAUCAAUUGGCUCUCUGACAGUCAAUUUGCUUCAUUGUGGGAGAAUCAAUUGCCGAUUAUCCCCGAAGGCCUUGGUUCAAUGGCAUACACAUUUCCCUCUGAAUUAAUCGGGCCUAAUUCUGUCUGUUCUUGGGUCCCAGAACAGCCCCUGGACGUCAAUAUGAACAUCACUGGCUCAAUGGAAACACCAGCCAUCGAACUGGAUGAGACAUACUACCCAACAGUUGUGGAAAGCCCUUACGACGGGCACGCGAGUAGUAUUAACGGUUCGAAUGCGUCAUCCUCAAGCAAUGGGGCCCUCUACGUGGAUGGGACAGCAGCUAGAGCCCCGUUUCGUGGUCAACUACUCCCCCAGCAAACGAACUUACAGAGCACUCGUCCUGAACAGGACCCUCGCCUCCCCGAAGCAGAUGGGCCAGACUACAGUUAUCUAAAAUCCUUAGUAGCGAGUAUGCGAGAAUCAUCUGAUAACACGUCUGUACCAGAGGCCCUCUAUUCCAAACUAUCGUCUGUGAUUCAGAAUGAGAUUGGAAUCGAUUCGUCACUUGAUUUAGACGUUCAGAUCCCCCCUCUGGAGAACAUUAGGGCCUUUGUGCUGAUUUAUUACCAAUGCUUUCACCCGACGUAUCCGUUUAUACAGAAAAACUCCUCCGUCUGGCAAAUUUCAGACAACUGGAUCCUGUUACUAGCUGUAGCAACCACUGGCGCUCGAUAUGCUGGGAGUAGGUGGUCAUCGAUUAUGUCAGAGCUUCUAGACAAGUGCUUGAGGCACAGGGUUGACUCCAUAAUCAAAGAAAACACCGGUAGUGCAAAAGGUAUUUGGGUGCCAGGCAACUUCCAAUCACAUGGCCGGAUGGACCUCCAAACACUCCAAGCAUCUAUUCUGAACAUAAUCUCUCGAAUUCAUAGUGGCCAAGAAGUCGUGAUGGACUGGGCUCUGCAUCAAAGGCUCGCUCUAGUAGAAGAAUGCAGGAAAAUGGAUCUACUUUCACAGACCUCGCCACAAACUACUGACACGCCAGGCGACCUAGCUGUCACGGCAUGGAUGCAAACUCAGUCAAAGUUGCGCACUGGCUUGAUGAUUUGGAUCCUUGACACAAUCGUUUCCCACGAAUUUAACUGUCCUCAAGUACUGAAAGUACACGAGCUGAAAACAAGACUCCCGUGUCGAGAGUCGAUAUGGAAUCAGCCAACGAUGGAACAAAUGCACAGUAGAGACGCGCAUCAGGUCACGGUACUCGAGGCACUGCAUCUUCUUUACAUGGAAAAGCGACAACCAUCCAACUUAACGGAGUUUGGAAACAUCGUCUUAAUAUACGCAGUGUGUGCGAGGACGAAGGAAGCAGCCUACCAGUAUGGAACGGCCUUGUCACGAUGGACUCCAGUUGCUCAUGUUGAGCCGCGAAAGGAAUCAGUUUCCGUGACUGAAACAUGGCCACCAACUCUUGAAAUGGUCACAAGAUGGAGAAACAGUGCCUGCGACGCCUUUGAUAUUUUGCAUUGGAAAGCCAAUGGCAAAGCGGCUAAUGCUGGUGGGACAGAGCACCCGACGAUUCUUCACCUCCACCUUUCCCGGUUGUAUAUCCUGACACCUACGAAGCAUUUUCAGAAGGUCGCUGCGUCUGCAGUCCUACGACAAAAUGGCAGCAAACUUCAGCACAAUAUGGAAUACUCGGAAGCCUGUAGUCACAUUCAACGUUGGGCCAACAUCGACCAGUAUAAGGCAAGACUGUCCAUAAUACAUGCUGGCGCUUUGUUGUGGCAUGUCCGUCGAUAUAGUAGCAACGACUUCAUAGAGCCCCACGCUAUUUACCUUGCUACCCUUUCGAUAUGGGCUUACAGCGUGUUCAAUACCCCUAGGACCGAGUCCCAGCAACAACGUGGUGAAGUAUCGAGGUCGGUGCCAGCUUCUGGGGAUCGUGAAUCGCAGGGAUCGGUUGGAAAUAAUGAGGUAGAGAGCGAGGAGGAGCCAGAUCCGACGUUUAUUCAUCUCGAUCGUCCUUGUGAUGAUGAAAUGGUUCAAGUAUACAUACGUCUAGGGCAUAAGAUGGCUGGCCACUUACACCGAGUUGGCAAUAUUUGCAGCCCCAAUGCUCCACCGAAGAUUCUCAAAGAAGGUAUAAGGAUGUUAUCACAUGCAAGAGCCAAAAACAAGGAAUGGGGGAUCGAAAUUUCCUAUGUUAUGGGUUUGACAAGUCUAUUACAUGGUACCACUGCACAAGAAAAUGGCCGUGCAAGCGGAACGCGUGUAUUCUAA